AAAAAAAAGAAGAAGAAGAAAAAAGAAGGGAGAAGGUGGAAUCGAGGGAAAAGGGUCGCGAUUCUGGGAAAGAAACGCGAGGGAGGAUUGAGAGGGAUCGAGAGGGGGUAUACGGUGGAGGGGCGAAGCCGGUACUCUUCUUCGCGUAUAUAUGCGGGCGAAGCUACGUUACAGUUCACAAAGAGACAAAAGCGACAUAGGAAUAGGGCCAGAUCCAGAUAAGGGGAGAGAGAGAGAGAGAGAAAGAGAGAAAACCGAGUGGUUAAUAAGACGGUUAAUACACCUCGUUUCGUACAACGUGCCGAUAUAUUCUGUGAACGAAGUUUGUGUUGAAGAAGUGCGCGUGAUAGUGCGUGAUAGUAUCGAGACAAACAAGGAACGUGCAUUUUCUUUUUUUUUCUGGACUCAAAUUAUUUCGUGGAGGAGAGGAGAAUGGCGGGUUUGUACACCACGUUGCUCGUGUUGUGCGCUCUAAACGCGAUCCUGAUGCCGGACACGAUUUACGCCAGACCACCCUCCCUGCUUAGCAGGCAAAGGCGGGUAUCGGAUCAAAGGCUCGCCGAGAUAGAGACACUUCUCGGAUUGAAGAACGUGAGGGGGAAAGUAAUGACGGUUCCAGUUGCAUUCGGCGUGUUGGAUCCAGACAAGAUAGGUCGCAGAAGAAGAUCCGCGAUCAAUAACAGACUUGAAACUUUGCAAAGUGUCAUGCAAAUCAUUAAUAACAAUCCUGAAUUGCUCGACGAGGAUAAUAUUCUCUCGUCACCGGUGAAAUUAAAGGAGAGUCGACGAAGAGGGAGCGACGAAUAUUCACUUAUUUAAUUUCAAAACACGAAAAUCGCGCUGGAUCACAGGGCGAGCACGAAGACAGGGUCGGGAGAGCGAGGGAUAAUGAAGGAAAUGAAGAAGAAGAAGA